AACAGUUUCUCUUGUUUCAGUGCACCCAUCUCCUUCUACCUCCCCUUCAGCUCGAGGCUUUGUGCAUUUCACUUAGCGCUCUCAGAGAUGACUUUUGCAGCAACUGAUGUCUACCGCACUCGCUCAACAACACCAACUUUCUCAAAUGAACGCGGUCCAGGAGCUUUCGUAUCUUUAGGAUCCCUUCCAAGGCGAAAACAUCAACCUCCCACUUCUAACAAGUCUCGAAAGUUGCCCGCAUUCCAUAUUCAUGGUGAUGACAACCCAGAUGACUACUCGUCUGAUUCCCUCGACGAGCAGACUACUACUCAGUCUGUUAACGCUAAACCCUCAGUGAAAAUUUCACAGGGUGCUUCCCAAUUACCUCCGUCUGUUCCCUUUCCACGCUGUUCCCCUUCUCCACCUUCUUCACCCUCAAUCUUAUCUUCUCGACCACAACCCUCUCGUACAUCAUCAAUUAUUCUUCCAAAUGGCAAGCCACUCAAGUCAUCACUUAAAUCAUCAACCUCCACACUCUCCAUUCCCGCUACUCCACUUGAACCCCAACGCAAUAGUAACCAUCUCCACUUGCGUUCCCGAUCCGCACCAUCCACCCCCACUGCCCAUGCUCCAAAAAAUGUGCACUUCCCCGACACUGAUAUUGCCCUGGCCUCUAUUCGCAUCUUCAGCCGCUCAGCCUGCCCAACAGCAGUCAGUACCCCCGAGGAAGAAACCGAGACGGAAGGUGAAGAUCACCCCUCAACUGGGUUUCCCUUCCCAAAACUCCCCUCUGCGUCGCCGAAUUUCGAAAUGGACACCGCUAUCUCAUCGGUGGUCCCCGCUACUAAUCACUCUCCUCAUACCAAUGUCUUGAUCGAGUCUCUCACUUUCUCGCACGCUUCAUCAAAAGGUGUCAACCCUUAUUUAAGUGGUACCCUUCUAGUGCGCAAUCUGGCAUACGAGAAGAACGUCGCCCUGAGGUUUACCCUCGACGAAUGGCAAACUGUCAGCGAAACAACUGUUGGCGACCUUGUUGCUCUAGGGGCAGACAAGUGCGGGUGGGAUCGCUUUUCUUUCCUCAUUCGCUUGGAGGACUAUGCACACAGCUUGGGGUCACGAGUGUUAUGGCUUGCCGCACGUUAUAGGGUGACCGGUGUUCCAGGUCCUAGUGAAUGGUGGGAUAAUAACAAUGGCGGAAACUACCGUGUUGCUUUCCGUGCAGCACGACUGACAUCUGGUAGGAUUCGGAGAGAGACAACACCUGAACCUAUUAUUCCCUCGAUGGUGACACUACCUGUCACCCGCGAAUAUCCUUCCGGCCCAUUGAAUUCAAAUUCGCCCCCCACAUUCGGACACAAGAUGACAUUCUGCUCCUCGCCAACGAAAGACGGGAAGGAGAAAGUUCCAUUUAUGUCGAGGUCAGGGAAGCUCCGUCUCCCUAACUAUGCUGCACCUCCUGUGGUUUCCCAAGUUUCUUCUACUUCCUCUGCGUCACCAUUGCCCUCGCACCCCCAAUGCCCAGCGCUUCAAGCCCCUGUCACACAUUUACGUGACUGUGACUCCCCUUCACCUCCUUCUUCGACGCUUUCGACGCCCUCCGCUUCACCCAACAUAGCCCCGCGCGUAAUGAUUGCCGGGCAUCCGGCGAACUAUGCACGCCCUGAGCAGACACACAUUGAUGACUGGGAGUGGAUGGCGCCGACAAACGCUGUGAUGUCAAAGCGGCCAACCAUGCAGAGGAGUGUCACAGAUGGGCCAGCUGAUCUUACUGGAUCUGAUGUACCUGGAUUACCUCCUCGAGCCCAUUCGUCUGCACCACUUGGCGCGCCAGGUAGCGAUGGCAUGUCAGGCGAUUCGCUCUACAAUGCGUUUGUGAUGCGGUGGUGCUUUGCCCAAGGGUCGCCCACUGCGGGUGCAUAUCACGGGCCACUCACAAGCAGCGACGAGGGAAUUUUGGCGUGAGACUUUUUUCAACCAGGUGCAUUUUUGCAGAGAAAACUUGUACGAUCUUGACGACUUCGACCUUAUGAUAACUGCCGCCCGCCGUCAACGGUGGCACUCACGCACUUGGGUUAUGUGAGCACAAAAACGUUGCUGUAGCCAUGUGUGCAUCCCAUCUCCUGCUUCGAUUCUGUUUCAAUUUAUUUCGGAUCUCUUCAUGUUCCGUACUCAGCUGUACCAACACCCAUCAUCUCAUGCUACUGACGUUAUCCCGUCCCCAC